UAUAACCUAACUUACUUUACUUUUGAGUUUGAGGUUAUGUUCUGCCUGUUUCGUUGUAUGACUGUGAAAUCAUGACUACAAUGAAAGAAGAAGAGAGUUUUCCUCGAGGACGUUCAUCAGGCACAAAACCAGCAUUAAGGAAAGUGAAAGAUAAGCUCUUCAAAAAACACAAAAAACCUAAGAAGACUUUGAAAAACUCUUUCUUUGAAGACAACCAGGUUAAGAGCAAGUUUAAGAAAUUUGGAUCUAGAGGUGGCAAUGAAUUGGAAACAAACCACUCAAUUAGACCUCUAACAUAUCAGAGUCUAGAGGAAGGUAUGGUAAUGGUUGGAAGAGUCAGGGAAAUUCAUCUUUACCACAUGUUUGUCUGUCUCCCCGGAAAGCUGUCUGCUAAAGUUCCUAUAACAGCCAUCUCCGAACCAUACUCCAAUUCUCUAGCUCGUCUUCAAAAGUUGGAAAUCACUCAAAAGGAUUGCCCUCCUCUCAGUGAUCUAUUCACGGUGGGACAGGCUGUAGUCUGUAGCAUUGUGGAGGUCAAGAAGGAUGGAAACGUUCUUGCAGUUAACGCUAGUUUGGAUCCUACGCACAUCAACAAGGAACGCAGUCAUCAUGUCAUACGUGCUGGACACACUCUGGUGGCUGCAGUUAAGUCUGUAGAGGACCACGGGUACACUCUUCAUACUGGGAUUGCUGGGCUGACUACUUUCCUCAAAUUUGGCAAUGCUGCUAAACACAUAGAACUGAAGAACGAAGGGCGCCCUCUAGUUGUCGGAGAGCUGGUGAGAUGUGUGGUCACCAAGUGUAUGACUGGGCGGUCGGCCAGUCGUGCCGAGGUCACACUAGACCCCAGAGUUUUGGCCGAGACGACCAUCAGUGAUGGUAACUCUCAGACACUACACCCCGGCACCUCCGUCAGCUGUGUGGUGCAGCAGUCAUGUAAAGCUGGCCUCAUUGUAAACAUCGGACGUUACAAAGCAUAUGUAGAAGCAGCUCAACUACCCAGUUGUUGGUCUUCACACAAAUACAUUCAACCAGAAGAAGAACUGACAGGAACUGUCAUAUAUACUCUGCCCAACAAAGACUUUCAGAUCACAGCUCGACCGACGUAUCUCACACUCAAGAACUUGAGUCAACUCACCUAUCCUAAGUUGGCAAUUGGAGAUGUCAUAGAAGCCAGAGUUACGCAAAGUGGAUCCAAGGGCCUCUAUUUGUGCCUUGGAGUUAGAAAAGACAAGGAAUUGGGAAACAAAGGUUUUGUGUCUAUUAGGAGGCUUGGUGAAGAUAUUCCUAAGGAAAAUAUCACAAAGAAAUUCCCAAAAGGAGCUAUUGUCACAACAAAGAUUCUGGGCUUUGACUUCAUGGAGGAAAUUUACAACUGUACACUUGAAAGUGCCAAGCUUGAGCAACAAUACAUUUCUGCUGCCCAGGUCAAGGUAGGGGAUAGAGUGUCUUGCAGGGUUGCCGAGGUGGAGAAGACCGGCCUCAGGCUGACCCUCGGGCCUGUCAGACUGUACGUCUUCAAGGAACAUUGCGCGGACAUACCGUACCAGGAUCUGCAGCAACACUUUGGUACUGGGGACAUCGUGGACGCCAGGGUGUUAAAGGUGAACCCAGCGACUCGGCAAGUUUACGUGACUCUGAAAGAAACGCUGAUUCGCUCGCCAGCCCUGACCAGCUACGAGACGGCCUGUGAGGGAGAGGGAUAUUGGGGCACUGUGCGCUCCGCCACAACUAAGUGUCUGUUAGUCUCCUUCUAUAAUGACGUGACAGGAGCCCUGUACAACCCUCAGGGCCAGUUUGAAAAGGGACAACUGAUCAAAUGCUAUGUAAGGAAUGUAAAUGUAGCACAGAAAAAACUGAAUCUCAGUCUUGUGAAACCAAAGGGAACUACGAAACCAAAACAAUUAACCAUUGGUCAAUUGUAUCAGCUGGUAGUCUCCAAUGUAGGUGAUGAUCAUCUUGAAGUUACACCUUGUGAUUUUGAAGGCAUUGAUGGGUUGAUCCCAAAGAGUCAUCUACCUGAUCCAAACAAGUUUGGCGAAGGGGAUUUCAUCAGAGGCUGGUUGUUCUUGAUUAAAGAUAACAUUCAUUACUUUAGUCCAACUCAAAGCAUGGAGUACUUCUUUAAGAACCCGACCAGCAUUAAACUACGCUACCGGAUGACAUGCUGUGUGGCCGCUAUCAAACAGGACACAAUAUCUAUGCUUACUGCUUUGCCUGGCAUUCCGUCUGUUGAUGUCCCCAAACAGGAAUGGCCAAGAAAUGACCAACCUACGCUUCACCAACUUGUAAGGUUGUAUGUCAAAGAGUACGAUCCUGAAAUGAAAGUUCUUGAACUAACAUUAAAAAAGCCUCCAAAAGAAGUGAAUGUCAACAAUCAAGCAACGGAUGAAAAUCCAUCAAAGACAAAAAAUGUGGACAAGUGUAAUACAAACAAUGAAAAAUCUCCUAAAACCAAAAAUAAAAUUGCAACAGACAAUAAUGAUAGUAAAAUUCUAAAUGAAAACAAAACAGAAAAUGAUCGAUCUGAGGGUACAGGAGUUAAUGGGGAAAACCGGGACAGUGAUAAAGAAAAAGAAACAAAAAACACACCAAACAAGAAGAAAAGAAAACUUUCUGAAAAUAUUUCUGAAGUGCAUAAGGAAUGUGAUACAGAAACAAUAAGUCAGAAAUCAAAUCAAAUAAUGGAGGACAAGGAAAAGAAAUCAAAAGAUAAAAUUAAAGACAAUGACGGGGCUAGUGAAAAGGUUGAAAAGGUGACAGCUAAUAAAAAAGGCUUGAAAAUCGAAUCAAGCUCAAAAAAGAGAAAACUGAGUGAAAAUGAGAGCAAUUCUGAAGAAGACUCUAAAUUACAAGAUGAUAUUGAAUUGAACACUAGUGAUUUUGAUUCUGACGAUAGUUCAAAUCAUGUCAUGCAGAUCAGAAAACGUAAAAACUAUGAAAGCAAAGAAGACAUUCAAGUCAGUAAAGAUAGCAAGAAACUGAAAAAACGUAAGAGUCAAGAAAGAAGAACUGAUAUGAAGUCAAACUCAGACAGUGACAGUGAUGAAGAAGAAAAAGAAAUAAGUAAGAAUGUGUUUCUUCAAGGAAAGCCAAAGCCUACUUUAAGUGAGGCAGGAUUUCUUUGGGAUAUAAAGCCAGAAGACUUAAAUAAACCAACUGAGGUUGCUACGGAUGAUAUAGAUGAGGAAGAUGAAGAUUCAACCAAAGAGAAGAAAAAGAAGAAGACGUCGGCAGAUCGACGACAAGCGGCCAAAGAAGAAGAGGCAAGACUACGGCAGGUGGAGCAGACUCUGCUUGCAUCUGAGAACAACCCACAGUCAGCUGAUCAGUUUGAUAGAGCCGUGUUGGCGCGGCCAGACGACGACGAGCUUUGGAUAAAAUACAUGUCUCAUCACCUGCAGGCCACGGAGAUAGAGAAGGCCCGAGCUGUAGCUAGGAGGGCUCUACAGACCAUCAACCAGCGACUAGAGGUAGAGAGGCUCAACAUAUGGAUUGCCUUGCUGAACUUGGAAAACUUGUUUGGCACUCAGGAAAGUUUGAAGACCACUCUGGAUGAGGCCCUCAGAGCCAAUGAUGAAUACGCAGUGUACACCAAGAUGUUGAAUAUUUACUCUCAAGCUAACAAGGCACAAGAGGCGGAACAGCUGGUUCACACGAUGCUACGCAAGUUCCGAGAGUCACUGGAGUGCUGGGUAGUUUGUUGCGGAUCCCUGAUGAGUUGUGGACUAGCGGAUAAAGCUCGUAACCUGCUGCAGCGGGCCAUCACUGCAUUGCCUGCCAAGCAACAUGUAAACCUUCUGUGCAAGUUUGCCCUGAUAGAAAAUCAACAUGGGAACAGUGAGCAGGCACAGACAUUGUUUGAGCAUAUAUUGACCACCUACCCUAAGAGGACGGACAUUUGGAAUGUUUACGUGGACAUGCUGGUCAAGUCAGAUAAAGUUAAUGUUGCAAGACAAAUACUGGAACGUGCUACAAAACAAAGGCUUCCUCCAAAAAAAAUGAAGAUGUUAUUCAACAAGUGGAUCAGUUUUGAGGAAAAGAAUGGAACGGAAGAGAAAGUGGAACAUGUCAGAAAACAAGCUCUAGCAUACGUCAACAACAUUACAAACAAACUGGACGAGUAGAUUGUUGUUGCGGGAUAAUACUUUGUGUACAUACAUUACAAUAAGCUGUAUAUUUUUAUACAAUAAAAGA